AUGGAAACUCCAGUAGUUAAUCUAUCAGAUGAAGAACUCAAGACAGUUUAUGAUCCUUCCGAAGAUUCGUAUCUUUUAAUAGAUGCUUUGGAAGCAGAUUUAGAGAUUCUGCAUGCGAUGAAACCUGUGAUUUGUUUAGAGAUAGGUAGUGGUUCUGGUAUAGUUAUCACAGGUCUAGCAAUGGCAUUGAAAAGAUAUAAUGCUCAUUGUAUUGCAAUUGAUAUAAAUCCUGAUGCAUGUAGGGCCACCAAAAGAACUAGUCUGGUUAAUUCUGUUGAUAUAGAUGUUCUUCACAUGAAUUUGUUAGAUUGCAUACAGAUUAGAUAUACAUUUGAUGUUAUUUUAUUUAAUCCACCGUAUGUAGUUACAGAAUAUGAAGAAGUGCUAGACAAUAGACUUAUAUUUAAGACUUGGGCAGGUGGCAAAAAUGGUAGGCAAGUUAUGGAACAGAUAUUUACUACGAUUCCCAAAAUCUUAUCAGACUCAGGCUUGUUUUAUUUGGUCGUUAUUAAAGAAAAUGAUCCUGAAUAUAUACUGAGUGUUUUCCAAAAAUUAGGAAUUAAGAAAUAA